CACCUUUGGCGGAAAUCCUUUGGCUAGUGCAGUUGCUGCUGCUUCACUAGAGGUUAUCAGAGAUGAGCGACUCGCUGAGAGUUCUUCUAGUUGGCGGAACAAAAAGUGA